GAGCCGGAUCUAUCUGGCAUGGUCCUGGAGCCCGAAACAAGUCAAACACAUCCGUUGCGGAAAACUUGUCGCCGGGAUCUCAGGGCUCUUCCCCUCGCAGGACGCGGCCCCCUCGAGGAUAGCGCCGGGGAGACGACCAGGCUCCCGUCCAAGCACCUCGUGCGCGGCCUGGAGCUGGCGCGCAUGUGGUCGGCGGCGGACGUCUUCGCGGUCGCCGCCGCGGUGAGUGUGACGGAGCUCGGGAGUGAGCUGGCGAUGAUGCGGCAGCAGAUGUGCAGCACUGUCGAGCUGGUGCUGCCCCCCACCGUGCGUUGCUUCGAGCUGGACGGCCGCGUGAGGCCAGGGCUCGUGCUGCUGCUGGUGUGGGGGCUGGCGUCGAGGCUGCUGGCGGAGCUGUGCGCACACAGGCCGCUGCGCCGACUCCGCCAACGUGCCAGCGCGGCCGCGGCAGAUGCCGAGGCGUGCGCCAGCGCGGCGGCGGAGGCGGAGCUGGGCCAGCCCCCCGCCGUGCAGCCCCCCGCCCCCGUGUACGAGUAGGCCCAUCGGCGCGGUAGCGGCUCGCGCGGGGGGUGCCGGAUGCGGCCCCGCGGGCAGGACCCGCAGCCAGAGCUCGGGUCGCCGAUGAGGGUCUCCACGUCGAUAUGGAGGAUCCCUUAGAUCCUGGCGUGGCUUCGCAUUUUUUCCGAGUCGGGCGUUCUCGCAUCAUUUCGGGCCCUGGGACCCUCACAUAUAGAUCCGGGUUGAAAAAUGCCGCAGGAAAUUGGUGUCCGGGG